GCACCAGGCUGGGGCAGUUGUAGAGCUGAUUAGAACAAUGACGGGAGAGACCGUGCAGGAGAUACCUGAAUCUGGAGCAGUGUUCACUUUUGGGAAAAGCAAGUUUGCAGACAAUGUACCCAGCAAAUUCUGGCUGAGAAAUGACAGACCUGUGGAAAUCUGCUGCGGUGAUGAACACACAGCAUUAAUCACAGGUGAUGGGAAACUGUAUAUGUUUGGCAGUAAUAACUGGGGCCAGCUGGGCCUGGGAACAAAGACGACAGUGAAUAAACCCACUUGUGUGAAAGCCCUAAAGCCUGAAAGAGUGAUGCUAGCUGCUUGUGGACGGAAUCACACAAUCGUGUACACAUCGCGAGGGAACGUGUACGCGGCCGGCGGCAACAGAGAAGGGCAGCUGGGCCUCGGAGACCGCCAGGAGAGGACGUCGUUCCAGCUGCUGGGAUUCUUCAGCUGCCAGGGCCCAAUCAAAAUGCUGGCUGCCGGCUGCAACAUCUCUGCUGCUCUCACUGAGGAUGGGAGGUUGUUUAUGUGGGGGGACAACUCGGAGGGUCAGAUCGGACUGGGAGAUGAGAGCAACACACUGCGCCCUCGGGAGGUGACCGUGGGCAGGCCUAUCUCCUGGGUCUCCUGUGGCUACUACCACUCUGCUUUUGUCACAAUUGAUGGGGACCUGUUCACCUUCGGGGAGCGUGACGGGGGGAAGCUGGGCUUAUCCCCCGAGCAGCUAGACGAGCACAGAGUGCCUCAGCCUGUGCUGACCAUAACGGACCGGGUCAUCCAGGUGGCCUGUGGCGGGGGCCACACUGUGGCCCUCACAGAGGAUGAGCUCUACACGUUCGGGCUGGGUCAGUUUGGACAGCUGGGCCACGGCACCUUUAUCUUCCAGUCCCCCGUCCCCAGAGUGGUGGAGCACUUCCGGAAGGGGAGGCUCAGCCGCGCGGCGUGCGGAGAGAACCACACCGCCGUGGUCACAGACACUGGGCUUCUGUACACGUUUGGAGAUGGCCGCCAUGGGAAACUGGGCCAGGGGGAGGAGAAUUUCACCAACCUGUUCAAGCCCACGCUGAGCCCGCGCUUCCUCAAGUACCGCGUGCAGUCUGUGGCCUGCGGAGGCUGCCACAUGCUGGUACUGGCUGUGCCCAGGUCUGAAGAGGAGGAGCUGUCACUGGAAGACGAUGACGUCACAGAAAACUACCUGGAGAUGUCCUACAUGGAGCUCCUGGGCAGCACCUCUGCCCCCGCCCCCCUCCAAAGGAGCCUGUCUGCCCGGCUGAGGCGCAGAGAGAGGGAGCGGUCUCCGGACCAGUUUGGGCCCAUGUUCCGCACCUUGCCUGCUUUGACAUGUGGGUUCCUCAGUGCCUCCUUGCCAGUUCCCAGCCAGACCCUUCCUGCCAGACGGCCACCCAGGAACACACACAAACCGGCCCCUCCGAGGACAGUGGAGCUCAGGAAAGGAAGAAGGGAACAUGAAAGAUCCACCGAUGAGAAAUCCCACGAGGAUGACAAGAGCAUGAAUUAUUUGGGAGAUACCUCUGACUUGCUAAACCUGACCCAUGUGAUGAGGACGAACCAAUCUGAGAAGACUCUGAACUUCUCCCCUGUUCAUAAGGAGAAGAAAGCUGAGGUUGUGAGGAGGGGUGGUAAGAAUGUGGAGAGGCAGAUGAAGUUCCAUGCAGAAGAACAGGCCUCUCCAGGGGAAAAGGUGGCCCUCAGGCCACAACAGGCCCUGCCCACUAAAUUGCUGCAGACUCCAUGGUCUCCACUCAAACAAAGCCCCAGGCAUGGAACUCUCCGGAGGAUUGACAGUGGCAAGGAGAACAUCCUUGCAGCAGGCAAGGGGGUGAAGUCUGCAGGCUCCAAAAGUGGUGGCGGGAAACCGAAAGCAGAUGCCCAGGCUCCAGUUCUGGGUGGGGUCCCUGAGCCUGGGCCUAAACCAGUGAAAUGUGAGCCUGUCGGAACAAAAAGGCAUCUCUUACAGGUGGAUAGGAAAAGCAAAGAGGUUGAUAGGAAAAAAAAGGAGGUGAGGACACAGUCUGUUGACGUCAAAGGUCAACAAAUAGCAGAACAGUCUCCUAGUGACAUAAAGGGCACAUCUGUAAAACCCAAAAUUACAGGAACAGGAAACCAGUGCGAAACCAUGGAGGUCAAAAGUAUAUCCUUAUUAGUCAAAAGAAAACAAGUAGAGGAGAAAUCCACACCUGUAAGAGUUCAGACCAAGCCCAUAUUAGUGCAGAGUGAACCUGCUGAGGUAAAAGAUGCACCAGAAAGACAAAUAGCAACACAUCUGCCCAGGGUUAAAAAAAAGGAAGUACUUUCUGGGCGCUGCAAGAAGUUGCCUGAAGAUUCUCCUGUGCAAAAGUCCAAAUCAGCCACGAGCCUUAAACAGAAAGUAGAGCACCCAGAUGGCGUUUCUGAGGAGGGAAUGAAAAUGGACAGUGAUGAGAAGGUGAAAAGACCUGCCUCCAAAGGGAAAGCAGGAAGCAGGAGAUCCGCCAUCACAGAAGUUGCUGCGUUCCUGCCAGACGUGGCUACAGCAGAUGCUGUGCAGGGUGCGAUAAGGGAGGUGGCAUCGAGUUUGGGUGGUGCGGCAGCACCCUCCACCCCCCAGGGGCAACACCUCUCCUGGAGCCAGUCUUCGGGGUCCUGUGGCCCGAAGCCUGGGGAGCGGUCUGCAGUCACCAUAAAUGUUCUCCCAGAGGCAGGACGUCCCACACAGGCAUUGGAUGAGGGUGACAUGGGUGGUAAUCUGGGAGGUGAAAUGGAAAGGUCAGGAGGCUGGUCUGAAUCCAGUGAGGAUGAAAAGCUGUCAGAUGAAGGAGAAAAAGAGGAGAGCAGGAAGGAAGGGGGGGAGGGGGAGGAGAGUAGCAGUGGGGAAGCUGAGAAUGAAAGCACCAGCAGAGAUCAGAGCUCUGGGGGUCUGGAUAACCGCAGUGAAGAGGCACAGAGCGAAAGAGGGGUUGAGGAAGAGGAAGAGGAGGGGGGAACGGAGAGCCGGAACUCUGAGGAGACACAGGAUGAGGAGGAAAGUCAGGAGGAGGGGAGUGCAAGGUCCCUGAAGGAUGGUGAGCAGACAACAGAAAAGAGUGAGGGAGGAGAGAAAAGACUGGAUGAAGGGAGUGAGGCUGAGGUAGAGGGAGUGGAGGAGGAGAGUGCAGAGGAGGAAGGAGAAGAGGACAGUGGGGGAGAGAGUACCGAUGAGGAACAUGAUGAAGGGGAAGAUGGCAAAGUGAGUGAGGAAGAUGAGAAGAGCAGAGAGGAAUCAGAGAGCGAGAUGGAGAGCAGGAAAGAGGGAUCAGACGAAGAAGAAGAGGGUGAACAGGAAGUAAGUGAGGAGGGUGAAGAGUCUUCAGUGGAAGAAAAAGAAGAAGAGGGGGAAGAGGAAAGUGGAGCAGAAGAAGAGGGAGAAGAGGAGUCAGGUGAAAGUGGAGUAGAAAAUGAAGAAGCAGAGGAGGAUGAUGAUGAAGAAACUGAGGAUGAAGAGGAGGAGGAAAAAGAAGAGGAAGGAGGGGAUGGAGAUGAGGGGGAGGAAGAGGGGGAAGAGGAAAAUGAAGAUGAGGAAGAAGAAGGGGAGGAAAAAGAAGAGGAGGAAGAAGAAGAAAAAGAGGAUGAAGAGGAGGAAGAUGGAAAAGAAGAAGCAGAAGAAGAGGGGGAAGAAGAGGAGGAGGAAGCUGAGGAAGAAAAAGAGGAAGAGGAAGAAGAGGGGGAAGAGGAGGAGGAAGAAGAAGAGGAGGAGGAGGAAGAAGAGAGCACAUCAGCAACAGGGAAAGCCAAAGGCAAAGAGACCCAGAAAGGUAAAUCCGCAGCAACAACUAAAAAAAAAGAUGGCAAUGUUACCAAGCCACCCACUAAGGCCCAACAGGGCACAUCAAAGAAGAGGCAGGCGCUUGAUUCUUCACAGGACACCCAACAGUUUUGGAAUGAUGUCCUGCCUCAGUACCUCAAUCUGAAAUGACCAGCCUCACCAGCACCCUGAUCACACACCAAACGUUUCAUUACAUGACAAGACAUUUUUGUUUCUUUGACCAGCAUAAUAGAAUAGAAUACAAUAGAAUAGACUAGAAUAGAAGAGACUGCUCUUCAUUAUGUUUUUUUUUCUGUUGGUGCUGUUGCCAAUUUGAAUGGCAUUUUCUUCAAAACUAGAAAUGAUUCAGAUGGCAUCAGUGCAAAACUGCCAUUUUAGCUCUUGACAUUAUUUUCCCCCCAUUUUUAGCUCACUUGGGUUCUAAAAUUUCUGCCAUAAAGGGGAAUUUUUAAUCAAAUUGUGCAUGCUCGAUUGGCUCAGACCACACAUAUGCGUGCUGCAGCAGAGAUUAUGUGAAUUAAGGAGAUGUUUCUGCCUGGAAAAGCUUCUCUGAUUCACGGUGCUUUACAUUACAACAGGCAGAGUGCCUCAGUGUCGACCAACUCUGAAAUCUACAGGAGUGACAGACUUUCAGAACCUUUCUAAUCCUUCCAGAACCUGAUGAUUGCCAGGAAACAGUCCAACUGCACUGUCCUUUGGAAAAGGAUUCUUUCACAUCAGGGGCCUUUUGGUGGUCACAGAUAUCAAAGAGAAAAGUUGUGAAAGUCAUGAAAGAGAAUAAAGCUUGCAUAAAACAUCUAAACAAGUGUGCUGGCAAGCUAACCUGUUAUUCAAAUUUAAGAACAGACCACACCAUGGUAGGAUCGAGUUCCAAGUAUGAGUUCCACUGGCCUCAUUUGAGGCCUAGUGUGUAGAUAUAUUCCUUUUUAAAACCAUUCAGUCAGUCAUGACAAACACAUGUUCAAUAGUGUAUUGUUCAGUACUUUUGUUGUCGGUGCUGUGACUAGUAAAUGGGAAGCCGUUCCGAAGUCAGUAUUUGGUUUCUCGAAGUUGGUAUUUAGCUUCCCAAAGUCGGUAUUUGGUUUCCCGAAGUCAGUAUUUAGUUUCUCAAAGUUGGUAUUUAGCUUCCCAAAGUCGGUAUUUGGUUUCCCGAAGUCAGUAUUUGGUUUUCGGAAGUCGGUAUUUAGUUUCUCGAAGUUGGUAUUUAGCUUCCCAGAGUCGGUAUUUGGUUUCCCGAAGUCAGUAUUUGGUUUCCCGAAGUCGUUAUUUGGUUUCCCGAAGUCGUUAUUUGGUUUCCCGAAGUCAGUAUUUGAUUUUCCAAAGUCGAUAUUUAGUUUCUCGA